GCGUAGAUAUAUAUGGCGGGUUCGUUGGCAUAGUUGAAAUAAGUUAGAGAUGAAAAGGAGAAACAGGGUGUCAAACUAACUCACUCCACUCCUAUUCCUUGUACUUGGAUGCUGCUUGACCCGCUGGGUUCCUCCAGCAGCUUUUUGUUUCCAAAUCUGCAUCAUCUUGUGUCUCCACAUAUACAUACAUUGGGCUGCCAUGAGUCAGGAUACACUUGUCAUCAAUAGUUCUAACAAUAAGUCUGCUUCACAGAUGUAUAAAACGGUGCCAUUCUGAACUGUAUGAAGAGGACUCUGACACUGAUUGAGGGUUGAGGAAUGGCUAUAUGCAAGAUCAUGUGUGUCUGUGCGAAGUUUGCAGCACAGCUUGGUCACCAAUGGUCUUGUCAUUUGAUCAAGACCAUGUGGUAGGUGCUGUGGGGAAAAAAAGAAAACCCAAGUCUCCACCUUACACUGCCGCACUCCCAAUUCCCUGGGCAAAUCCAUAAAUGAGUACCCCACCAUACAGCUCCGCCUCUGUACAUAACCUCCGCCAAGACCUGUAGAAUGCAAAGUGCUGAACUCGGCGGGUCAGGCAGCAUCACUGGAGGACAAGGAUAUGUGACUUUUUUGUCCGGGGGCCUUUAGUCUGUAGGAAGGGAGAAAAUCCCAGCCUCCGCCAGGAUCUGUAGAAGGGUUUCGGCCCGAAACGUUGCUCCAGCAUUUUUGUGUACCUUCUGUAGGAUACAUAUCGCGGGAGUAAUUCGGCGGGUCAGGCAGCAUCAAAGAUACUAGAGGAACAGAGAUACUUGGGCAGCAUCUCUGCUAGACAAGGAUAGGCGACUAUUUUGGGUCGGCAUCCCACCUUAACACUGCAGUGAGUGGGGUGGGGGUUAAAAUGAGAUUGGAAAAGUUAGAAAAACACCCAAAUGCUGCACACUAUACCGUCCUGUGUCCUGCCCCUUCCAUUCUAUCCGCCCCACACAAGGAGGGUCUCGACCCGAAACAUCACCCAUUCCUUCUCUCCAGAGAUGCUGCCUGACCCUCUGAGUUACUCCAGCAUUUUGUGUCUGUCUUCGGUGUAAACCAGCAUCUGCAGUUCCUUCUUACACAUUUCGUCCCACCCCCGCUGCCAUGUUCGGCCAGUCCGUCUCCUCCUUCUUUCCCUCGGAGAGCCGGCGUGUUGCCGGAAGCGUUGUGGGACUGGCAGCCAUGGCCUGCCUGCUGGAGCUGGAGGAGAAGUUAAGCUGCCCCAUCUGCAUGGAGCUCUUCACUGAGCCGGCCACCAUGCCGUGCGGCCACAGCUUCUGCCUGCGCUGUCUGCAGGACUACCUGGGGCGGCAGCGGCUGCCCGACUGCCCGAGCUGCAGGACGGCCUUUCAGCCGCAGCUCCAGCCGCUCGCCAAGAACCUGGUGCUGGACGAGAUGGUGAAGAUGGUGAAGCUGAGCAGUGGAAGCUGCCCCCUGCGGGCCUCCACUGAGCCAGGGGCUUGCCCGGCCCACUCCAAGCCGCUUGACCUGUAUUGUAGGCUGGACCGCCGCUGCAUCUGCUCCGCCUGCGCCGUCAAGGAGCACCGGGGGCACCCGGUGGUCACUGUGGAGGACGAGUGGGCGCAGCGGGAGAAGGAACUUGUGGUAAAACACGAGGAGAUUGAGCGCCAGGAAAAGAAGACAGAAAAGCUGAUUGAUACACUCAGACAGCAAAGUAAAUCUAUUAAGGACUCAGCCUCCCGAGCACAAACGAGCUACAUCAACAAGUUUGACGUGUUGGCAAAAGAGCUGGAAGAAGUAAAGGCAAAAGUGAUUGAGUACAUAGUGACCAAGGAAUGCGGCUCAUUGGAACUAGUUGACUGCACCAUGGAGAAACUGGAAGAGAGGUGCGCUGAGUUAAGAGAGGUCAGGCUGAAGCUGGAGACCACGCUGAAAACCAAUGACCCAUUUCAGAUUUUACAGUUCCCUCAAGAGAUUCAGGUACUGAAAAAGAGUCCCCCAGACAUGGUGUGGCCUGUCCCAGGACUGGGAGUAGAGGACAAGCUAGAGGCAGUGAAACAAGGUUUAGAGGAGAUCUCCUUACUUAUCUACAAGGGCCUCCAGGGUUGCUUCAGGCAAGCUCCUGAAUCAAAGGAAAUCUCAGAAUCCUCUGGGAACAUCCGUAGUAUUUCAGUGAAUCCUGAGCCUCCGGCACUCCCAUCAUCUUCACACAUCAGGGAGCCAUUCAUACUGAAUUACCGUCAGCUGAGCUUCAAUCCCAACACUGCUCACCGAUACCUCACUCUGUCCAAGGACGGCUGCAGGGUGUCCCACAGAGGGGCCCAGAAGUAUCCGAUGCGGGUAGAGCGGUUUGAAAGGGAGUGGCAGGUGCUGUGCUGUGAGAGCCUUGAUGCAGGCCAACACUACUGGGAGAUGCAGAUCAGCAGCCAGUGGGCCUACCUGGGAGUCACGUACAGCACGAUUGACAGGUGUGGCACCUCCUCGCUGAUCGGCAGAAACAAUGUCUCCUGGUCACUGCAAGUCUUCAGUAUGAGCUACUCCGCCUGGCACGCAGACAAGGAAGUGAAGCUGCCUCCAGCAAAGUACCAGCGUUUCGGGCUGCACCUGGACUAUACUGCAGGGACCCUGGACUUUUACGGCAUCGGUGACACCAUGACCCUGAUCCACACCUUUCACUCCGUCUUCACCCAACCCCUCUACCCUGCUGUCUGGGUGGGCGAGAACGUUGUUGCCACACUUUGCCAGCCUCAGUGAGGGCGACAGCAGGAAGAUGUAGGGAGAUCGGAGCAGGAGUAAUUUAGUCAAGGUCUGAAGAAGGGUCUCGACCCGACGCGUCACCUAUUCCUUUUUUGCAGAUAUAUUGUCUGACCAGCUGAGAUAUUCCAGCUUUUUGUUCAGUUUAAACUAGCGUCUGCAGUUUCUUCCCACACAGUAAUUUAGUUUAGUUUAGUUUAGUUUAGAGAUACAGCGUGGAAACAGGCCCUUUGGCCCACCGUGUCCGCACCGACCAGCGAUCCCCACACAUUAACAUUAUCCUACAUACACUAGGGACAAUUUACAUUUAUACCAAGCAAAUUAACCUACAAACCUGUAUGUUUUUGGAGUGUGGGAGGAAUCUGAAGAUAUCGCAGAAAACCCACACAGAUCAUGGGGAGAACGUACAAACUCCAUACAGACAAGCACCCAUAGUCAGGAUCGAACCUGGGUCUCUGGCACUGUAAAUCAGUAGCUCUACAGCUACGGCACUGUGCUCUCCUAGGCACGACCACUCGUUUUUUCAAACCUGUCCCACCUUUCAAUAUGAUCGUGGCUGAUCUGUCGCAAACCUCAAACCUUCUGCCCUCGUUCUCUGGACCCCCUCAAUUUUCGAUCUUUAAAAUAUUUUUCUACGUCCUUUUUAAAUACCUUCAAUGAUCCAGUUUCCACAAACCACAAUGCAAAUAAUUGCUGAGAUUCACCAUCCUCCAAAUAUUUUAGUGUCAUCAGCAAACUCAGAUAUACUGCACUCUGCUUCCUCCAUCAGCUCAUUCAUAGAAAUCAUAGAAGUAUUGGAGUUACAACCACCCAGCGUGAGAAAAGAUCCAUUUAUUCUGCCUCUCCUCCUCUUUGUUUUCAAUCCAUGCUAACCCCAAAAUCACACCCCAACGCACACCUCAAAACCAUGAACUCUUGUGCAGCAGCCUUUUGUAUGGCACUUUACUUUAGAUUUUAGAGCUACAGCAUGGACGCAGGCCCAUCGAGUCCACUGCAACCAGCGAUUACCCCUUUCACUAGCACUAUCCUUCCACACUAGGGACAAUGUACAAAUUACAGAAGUCAAUUAACCUACUGAGCUUUAUGUGGAAGGAAACCAGAGCACCCGGAGGAAACCCACGCGGUCACGAGGAAGAACGUGCAAACUCCGUACAGACAGCACCCAUAGUGAAGGUCGAACCUGAGUCUCUGGCGGUGUAAAGCAGCAAAUCUAUCACUGCGCUAUUUGUCAAAUGCUUUCUGGAAAGCCAAGUAAAUUGCAUCCACACAUUCCUCUCUACUAUAGAACAGGCUGCUGAAGGAGCUCAGCGGGCAUGGCAGCUUCCUGGAGGGGAAUGGAUGGAUGACGUUUCAGGUCAGAACCCUUCUUUAGACUCUAGAUUUGCUCGAGACUCCCGCAUCUCCACUCUUGUCUCACCGUUCCCACUAUCGCUUCUGCUUCUUACAUCCUCGAAGAACUUUAGCAAAUUUGUUAACAAGACUUUCCUUUUAUAAACCAUGUUGACUUGUGACUAGUUAUUUCUCCUUUGAUUAUUAACACCAGAUGUUAAGCUAAUAAACCUAUAGUUACAGGUUUAUAUACCCUUGAUUGAGGAAGGCACUUUUGCAGUUUUAGAAGCCGCUGGUACCUUUUGGAACUUGAAUUUUGAAAAUCUUCAACCAAUCACUCCACUGUCAUUCAGACCACUUUCUUUGAAUCCCUCAGAAGCAGGGCAUCACAAUCUGGCUACUUGUCUGUCUUUAGCCCCAUUAGUUUUUCCAAUACUUUGACCCUCGAUAGGAAUGGUUACAGCUUCUUCCGUAAUAUUUUGGGACAGAAGUUUAGAGGUAACAUGAGGGGGAACUUCUUUACUCAGAGAUUGGUAGCUGUGUGGAAUGAGCUUCCAGUGGAAGUGGUGGAGGCAGGUUCGAUUUUAUAAUUUAAAAAUAAAUUGGAUAGGUAUAUGGACAGGAAAGGAAUAGAGGGUUAUGGUCUGAGUGCAGGUAGAUGGGACUAGCGAAAAUAAGUUCGGCACAGACUUGAAGGGCAGAGAUGGCCUGUUUCCGUGCUGUAAUUGUUAUAUGGUUAUUUGAAGCAAGCAAUCGGUCUCCUAUGGAGUGUUUGCAGUGUCCACUGCUGCAAAGACUGAUGCAAAGUAUUGAUAUAUUAUAAAUUAUAGACCAAGAAGGUUAAAUCCAUCUAUAUCCUGUUGCAGAGUCCAGAUUUCCUUGUAACACCAUUUCCCCCACCAACUUUUUUGUUGCCAGCAAACUCAGAGACCUUACACUUUACUCCCUCUUCCUUUACCGUAUAUCUAUGCAAAUUCUUGUUACAAUUUUAUUUGCCUAUUUUAUCACUAUCCCUAGUGUGUAACGAUAGUGCUAAUGUACGGGGUAAUCGCUGGUUGGAGUGGACUCGGUGGGCCGAUGGGCCUGUUUCCAUGCUGUAUCUCUAAAGUCUAAGGUAAAGUGCCAGAAAAAGGCUGCUGCUCAAGAAUUAUUUUCCUCGUGUGCUUUUUAGUCACUUGCUGCUGGUCUCUGAAAAAUUCCCCUUCCUCUGGUCUACUAAUAGCUUUGCCUCUUUGUAUUCUUUCGUUCUCGAUUUAAUAUUUCCUCGGUUAACCACAAAUGUUCAUGGAAUCCCUGUUUCUAAUUUGGACAGCAUUCUGCUGAGUAUGAUGAAUAAAGCAUGCAAGAGCUGCCACUUCUCACCCACUGACCCGUCCCUUACCCAAUUUAUCCAGACCAAUUCAAAUCAUUGUAAAAGUCCUGUAUUUAGGUUGAGGUCACUGUUUUUGGACAUAAGGAGUUUGCCCUCAAGCUUCAUCAUUGAUCACAAGAACCAGCGGACAGAGUUCUAAGGUGAUCCCCUCACCCUUCCCCUGAGAGAUAGGAACCCGAGUGGAAAAGUUUUCACACAAAGGGUGGGAGGUCUACGGGACAAGCUGCCAGAGGAGGUAGUUGAGGCAGCUACUAUUGCAACGUUUCAGAAACAUUUAGACAGGUACAUGGAUAGGACUGGUUUAGAGGGUUAUGGGCCAAACACAUGCAGGUGGGGUGAGUGUAGAUGAGACAUGUUGGCUGGAGUGGGAAAGUUGGGCCGAAGAGCCAGUUUCCACAGUGUAAGACUCUAUGAUUCUAUUACUCUUAUCUUUCUAUUAGUCGUACCUGAUACACAUAACCAAAUAUAAAAUAGCCUGGUCCAACAAAAAUCUGGGCACAUUCUACAAUUUCCUCAUUCACUGUAUUCUUGCCAGUUUAAUAAAUCUAAAUGAUAUGCA